CAGUCCUUCUCCUCUCUGAAACCUCAUUUAGAAUAACGGAUUUUGCUCUUUUGUUGCCUUUAAACCGGCUGAUUUCCAUAAUCAUGAACCCGUAGUCUGCGCGUGGAUUUGCACCGGCUUUGACUGAGCGACACCUGCUCUCCUGCACACUCUCUCUGUCUUUUGUCUCUGACAUCUCUGCAGCUCACAGCCAGCAGCGCGGAGGAGGAGGAGAAGGAGGAGGAGAAGGAGGAGGAGCGGGGUGUACCUGACACCUACAGCCGCGCGUACAGCUCUCUUCCCCCCGCAGAAACACCCAGGACUUGCCCGCCACGGGUGCCUUCUUUUUCUCGCCAGGUUGUCUGUGCGUAACCGGAGCUUUGUGCAGUUUGUCCGCGGAAAACUGCUUCUGCUGACAGACUGAAAACUGUUUCAAAAAAUACAAAUAAAAAAGCAAAACAACACUUAAGACAGGAAUCUUCCAAGAACUCCUUCUUGAUUCACUCGGACCAGAAAUCUUCAGGAUUUUCUGACUGCAAGAAAAAAGGACUAACACUUGCGAAGAUGCGUCUCCCGGUGCUUCUCUGUGUGUUGCUGUGUGUGUCUGCAGCACCGGGCCCGGUGGCCGGGGCGGACAGAAGCUGCACCGACUUGCGGCAGUUCUACACCGGGAAAGGGUUCACUCUAGUAGAGGUGCCCCAGACAGAGAUCUCCGGUGAACAUCUGAGCAUGUGUCCUCAGGGUCCGACUUGUUGUACCACCACCAUGGAGGAGAACCUGGCCGGCCUGAGUGCCCGAGAAACCGAGGGUCUAAUCAGAGAGGCCGGCAGGUCGCUGCAGUCUGCCUUCAACGCUCUCCACAGGAGCUUCGACACCUAUUUUACUGAACUGCACGGUCGCUCUGAGCGCUCCCUCCAGGAGGUGUUGUCCCCACUCGGCCCCCUGUACUCCCAGAACACUCGUCUCUUCGGAGAUCUCUACACCGACCUGCGUCAGUACUACCGGGGCUCCGCUCUCAACCUGGACGAGACCCUGUCUGAGUUCUGGUCCCGCCUACUGGAGCGCACCUUUAAAAUCUCCACUCCCACAGAUGUCAACCUUUCAGAGGACUACCUUGAAUGUGUUGCUAAGCAACAGGAGACGCUGCGGCCAUUUGGAGACGUCCCGCGGGACAUGAAGGUGAAGCUGAUCCGUGCUUUUGUCACAGCCAGGUCGUUUGUCCAGGGGCUGAUUGUCAGCGGAGAGGUGGUCAGGAAGGUUUCACAGGUUCAUCUGAGUCCAGAGUGCACGAAGGCCCUGAUGAAGCUGGUUUACUGCCCACACUGUCGUGGCACGGCUUCCGUCAAACCCUGCUCCAACUACUGUUCCAAUGUCAUGAAGGGCUGCCUGGCCAACCAAGCAGACCUGGACACCGAGUGGCAGAAUCUUAUAGACACCAUGAUCCAGGUGGCCUCCAGUUUCAGCACAGAGCCCAGUCUCGAUGUGGUUCUCUCCUCCAUCCCUGCGCGAAUCUAUGAGGCUGUUCACUUCCUCCAGGAAAAAAACAUGGACACAUUCACAGCAAAGGUGUACAAGACAUGUGGAACUCCAGGUGAACCAGGAACAGGAAGUCCCACUCUUCACGAGCAGAGGAAGAAGAGCGGCUCCCUGACCGCAUCCGAGUACAAACCCUCUCCAACCGCUGGGCUCAGACUGGAGAUGCAGGUGUCAGAUCUGUCCAGUAAGUUGAGGGAGAUGCGGCAGUACUGGACUCAGCUCCCUGCGGCACUAUGCAGCAAAAUGGCAGCAGGAGGCGCCAAUCAGGAUAAAUGCUGGAAUGGCAUUACUAAAGCCAGGUACCUUCCAGAGGUGAUGGGUGACGGCUUGGCCAAUCAGAUCAACAACCCAGAAGUGGAGCUUGACAUCACAAAGCCAGACAUGACCAUCCGGCAGCAGAUCAUGCAACUCAAAAUCAUGAGCAACAGGCUGAAAAACGCACUGGAUGGCAACGACGUGGACUUCCAGGAUGCAAGUGAUGACAUCAGCGGCUCAGGAAGCGGGAUGUGCGUCGGUGGUCAGUGUCGGAACAGACCACGAUUGUACGACUUCUCACCAGACAGCAACCGAGCCAGAGGCGCAGCCACGUCUCAAACCCGCCUCUGUGGACUCCUGCUCCUGUUCCCAUUGGCCAUCCUGCUGCUUCAGCGAUGAUGGACCGCCGCUGCCUCCAGUCAGACUCAGAAGUCUAGAUGAAGGCUGAACCAAGGGAUGAACAAGACAUUUCGGGGAAUGAAUGGACAACAUUUUCUUUGACCAAGAGGAGCAACAAUUGACAGUGACAAUAUUCUUUAUUUAGUUUUUGCUCAGUUUAAAUGUCUUAGUUUGGGUGUGAUUCAGUUUGUUGAGCUGGUUUCAAUGGAUUGUUGGAAGAAGAAGAUAAGGAAGGUGAAGAGGACGAAGAGAAUGAUGUCUGUUGAUGAUGAAGAUAAUGAUGGGGAUAUUGAUAAGGAUUUAUUGACACUCUAUCAGGUCCAUUUAGCUCCAGUUUCCAGUCAGCAGGCGGCAGAGCUCAGAGAAAAAAAGAAUUUGUGCCCCCAUAUGUGGUGCGUUCAACAAGGUUUUUGUUCUUUUUAUUUCAUUUUGUAAGUCGAGUCAAGGUUGUCUUACCUUAACAAACAUUGUGUAAGUUGUAAAUGUUUGCGUACAUUAGCUAAAAGACUGGCACCAUAUUGAGCCAUGAAUGUACAGUAUAAUACUUUAUUGGCAAUGAGUCCCCCCAUUAUCUGUGAUGUAGUCGUCCAGAUGUGUUGGUGUGUGUUGGCAUAAACAUUAACAUUCAGUAAGAUUUGUUUGAAAUAUUGCAGAUCAAUUAUCACACUCCUGAAAUGUAUGAAAUGUUGUGAUUGUGAUUUUACCUCACUUUUACUGUACACCCAAACAUUUCAAAGGGAAAAAGGAAAUGACCGUAAGAAGAAAAAACUCAUCCCCUUUAAGAAGAAAUAAGCAGUCUCAUCAAAGCACGAGUAAACAAGCACAGACGCGCAGUUUUGCCAAAGUCCUGUAAUGUUUUCCUGCAAUGAAGACAGAAAUCUGAAGAGAAAAUAUUUCAUGACGCAGUAAUGCUACAAAGGACUCCUUGUUGAACGCACACCUGCGUUAGUAACUUUUAAUGAAGUCUUAGAAGCAACACAGUGGAGAUAUACAGUAGGUCAAACCAAAGCACUUAUUACACUUUUUUACAUUUUUUUGACAGCCCCGAGUACGUUGAGCAUUUGUGACGAACCUUUCACCAGGUUUUAUGACUGCAUAUGUUUAAGAGGAGAAAAAAAGCAUCACAAAGAAAACAUGUUUUGUUCAUAUAGUACAGGAUAUUUGCAGAAUAUUGACAACAUGUAUACAUUUGCCUGGUGAUACAUCAUUUACUCGGCAUGCCUUUCUUCAGUCUACACUACUAUACUGGUACAUAAGAGACUCUUGAUUCACACAAGUCUCUUGCACAUACAUACAUUUACACACACUGGGGUUGUGUAUUAGGCUGUAUUUAAUCACACAUUUCAUUCAUUAAACUCUGUUUGAUUGUAGUAGUGGAUUUUGCCAUGAACAUUUUGACUUGAUUAUUAUUGAUUAGCAUCCGUUAAUAAGAAGCUACAUCUUUAUUGAAAGGGGCAAAAAAAGCCGCAGGAUGUCGUAGGGAUGUCGUAGGGAUGUAAUCAGUUUGGGAUUGGGGGCUAAACAUUUGUAACAGAAAGACUACAUUAUAAAGUGGGAAUUUUUGAAGAUGUGGGUUUUUAUCAAGCAGGGAAGGUCAAGCUAAGUUAUUGAGUUGCAUUACGGCAAAUAUAGCAUCCAGUGUUUAUGGAGUUUGACCCGUACUAUGGGCUAAAAGUCAGGAUCUCUCGGCUUCAAUUUUGACCAUUUUUAGCCUCGCCAGAGGAAUGUCUGUCAGUUGGUACACCAUUUUGGUACAAACACAACUAUCUCAACAACUGUUGGAAAGAUUUCCAUAGAAUUUCAUACAUACAUUCGUGUCUUCAGAGGAUGAACCCCAAAGACUUUGUUGAUGCCUUGACUUUUCCUGUAGCACCACAAUGAGGUUGACUUUUGUGGUUUUGAGUGAAAUGUCUCAACAACUAUUGGCUGGAUUGCCAUUAAAUGUGGUACACACACUAAUGUUCCCCACAGGAAUGAACACAUUGCUGAUCGCUGAAAUCCAUUGCCAUCAACAGGUGAAACAUUUAAUGUAUCCAAUACCUUGGUUUAUAACCAAAUACCUGCAAAACUAAUGGCUUUCCCAUCAGCCUCAACUGUUUAAACGUAAGGUCAACUUAAAUGGUAAACAUGGUAAACAUGCCAACUACAUCAUUCAGUAUGUUAUUAUGCUGAUGUUCACAUUUAGCUCAAAGCUCCACGGUGCCCAAGUACAGCCUCACAGAGCAUGGCUUUGUGUUUAAAAGUCUCCUACAAGUCUUUAUGGAAGUGCAAAACUAAAUCACUGGAGAAUCCCUUUAAGGCCUCUCUUAGUCAUCUGAUACAACAUUUCAAGCUUGUAUCCAUUCAUUAGCCACAGAGAUAUGACCAAGCACCAGUUGCUCUCGUCUUCACAUUGUCUGUGCCUGAUGCUCUGUGGACACCAGAUUUUGCCAUGACUCAGUCCCUAAUUGUGCUUGUUUUUAAGAAAAACUCAACUCGCCAGCUGCACUACAGCUACAAAUAAACAUAUAACUCAUUGUAACAGGCGCUGACAAGCCUCAUGUGUCCCUGCUGGACAAAAGCGGGGGCCACGUGUUGUGUGUGAGGAGGACAAUCUCGCACCAGUCAGGGGGUUUGGAGUUAAUGAAUGAUUUACUUUCCUGAUACCGUACAACAGAAUGAAGCCGAGUGGGAGGCACAUACACAAAUAUUUCACUGCACGUUUCUGUCUUUAAAUGAUGGAAAAGUCUUAAAUGUUUGAGUGUACAGGGCUUACUUUUAAUUUCUCAACAUCAGUAUCUUAUCUGUGACUGAGCGAACCCGAUGUGAACAUCCGUCUGAAUUGACCCUGUUCUCUACUUCAUGUGUCUUUUCUGAAAUGUGUCUUGUCCUGUAAUUGUGAAUGAUGUGGAAGUAAAGGUAUAAUCUGAA